GAACCCUUCCUUUCUUCUGCUUUAUUGUAGGACGAGAGGAGGCGGAUCAGAAAGAAAGGGAAAAUAGGGAACGGAAGUGGAGCAAUCCACUCAGAGCUCCCAUGGAGCUCGACCUCGAUUUGUUUCUACGAUCGCGCUGUGGAGAUCUCUCUUCAGACAGUAGCGACGAGGGCGAGUCAACUGCCACCCAUCGCCGCACCGUGGACGAAAUCCUUAACGAUACCGAUUCGGAUUCCUCUUCCUCCCCAAAAGCUCUACCUUCCAUUUAUUAUGCUCUCCCCAACGAGAAUUCCACAAUCCUUAAGGAGGAACCAAGAGAUGGAGACGAUGCCAGUCAACUGUCGGCGGUUGCGGAAACCCUAGAAGAACCCUACAAUUGGAGGAGAAGAACUGGGGAACUAUCAUCAUCUUCAUACCUUUCUUCUCCGAGGGAUGCGAGCUACUCCAAUGCUUCCAAAGCUUCUUCCUCCCGAUCUUUUCCGUCACUAUUCAGUGGCGUGAAGCCGAAGCCUAAGCCUGGCGCAGCACUCGCGGCUGCUGCAGCUGCAUCCCGGUCCAUUCCUACUCCUCAUGCAGCGGCGAUCAAGUCUAAAAGGGCAAGCGGUGAAUCCAUCCAAAAGGUUUCACUGCUUGAAGACACGACAGAAGGUCUUGAUGUGGAGGCGAGCUUUGUCUCGAAAGCUUUGGAAGAACCUUGUUUUUCGUUGGUUGCCUCAUCAACUGGGAGAUUGGGAGGUAAUGAGGACAAAAGAUUAGUAGAAUCUUCCUUACCUAUUGGAUCUUCUUCUUUAUCAGGCUUUGAUGUUGCAACGCCUGAACUGCCCCAGGGAGAAGUGGUGUCUUGCGAGAAAGAGCGAUCUUUUUUUGUUAUUGAUGGAGAUACCUCUGAGAAUCUAAAAGAGGAUUUGUCCUGCUCUGUUAGUGAGCCACAAUCUUCUGUGCAUUUUGAAUCUAAGGAAGGUCUCGAGGACCUGCCUUCCUCUGCUUCAACUUCAACUGACACUCAUGUGAAUGUCCUUGAGAUGAAUGGUGAUUUACUAGCUGUAAAGAAGGGUGAUGCCAAUGCUGAAUAUGAAGUUCUUGUUAAUGGGGCGGUCAUGGAAAUUUUAGCAACUGAAUCUGAUGAUUUUAAUAUUAGUGAUGAAAAAAUUAGUAGCAUUGGAGAAGAGAGCAUGACUUCAAAUGAAAUAGAUAGUCUGGUUGGCCAGAUGGUGAAUGAGACGGAAGGCACAAAGAAUGCGGAUAAGAAAUCAUGUGCACCUAUGAAGCCAUUAGACCGGGCUGAAGAGCUCGAGAAGAGAAAGGCUUCAUCCGGUUUGCAUUGGGAAGAGGGGGCAGCUGCUCAGCCAAUGAGGCUUGAAGGCAUUCGCAGAGGCCCACCUGCUAUUGGUUAUCUACAAAUGGACCUGGACAACAUGAUUACUCGUUGUGUUUCUUCACAAACGUUCAAGCAUGACUAUGGUUUACCACAUGUCUUAGCUGUGCAUAUGAAUUAUAUAGCAGUGGGCACAUCAAAAGGGGUUGUUCUUGUCUUUCCCUGCAAAUAUUCCCCUCACUCCACUGAUAACAUGGAUGGAAAGAUGCUGACAUUUGGUUCAUCUGGUGAGAAAAUUCCAGUAGCCGUGACUUCCAUGUGUUUCAAUCAACAGGGUGACCUACUGCUAGUUGGGUACAGUGAUGGUCAUCUAACUAUAUGGGAUGUACAGAGAGGGACUUCAGCAAAAGUUAUCACCGGGGAGCAUAAUGCACCGGUAACACAUACUUUGUUUUUGGAGCAAGAUUCACAAGUUUCACGCCAAUUCAAAGCUGUUACAGGCGAUUCCAAGGGUCUUGUUCUGCUCCACACUUCUUCUUUGCUCAUUCUUCACCAUUUCUCCAUUAAGACUCAGUGCCUUCUAGAUGGUCAAAAAAAUGGUACUGUUUUGUGUGCAUGCCCUAUUGUGAUGGAUAAUUCUCAAGAUGUUGCUAGCACAUCUGCUCAAGGCUAUCCCUCGGUCCCUUCCGGUGGUCUAGGUGGUAAGGUUGGCGGUGUAGUUGGAGGUGACACUGGAUGGAAGCUAUUCAAUGGGAACCCCUCCAUAGUUGAAGAAGGUGUGGUCGUUUUUGCUACUAACCAAAAUGCUCUAGUGGUAAGGCUUAGUCCUUCUGUGGAAGUUUAUGAAAACCUUUCCAAACCAGAUGGAGUGCUAGAAGGUUCCAUGCCUUAUGCAGCAUGGAAAUGUAUAGGCCAUUCUCACGAUGCUUCUAUAGAUGCAUCAGAUAAAGUUGCAUGGCUUGCAAUAGCUUGGGAUAAGAAAAUCCAGAUAGCCAGGUUGGCUAAAUCAAAGAUGAGAAAGCACAAAGAGUGGAUCCUGGAUAGCACAACAAUAGGUGUUGCAUGGUUGGAUGAUCAGAUGUUAGUGGUUCUUACUAUCAGAGGACAACUCUGCUUGUUUUCAAGGGAUGGAGCAGAGAUUCAUCGUACAAAUCUUACCGUAGAUUGCUCUAGCAUGGAUGAUUUCAUUAUGUAUCAUACCCACUAUAUGAAUACCUUUGGAAAUCCAGAGAAAGCUUACCAUAAUUCAGUAGCAGUAAGAGGGGCUACAAUCUACAUACUUGGACCCAUGCAUCUUAUAAUUUCUCGUCUUCUCCCAUGGAAGGAACGAAUUCAGGUUCUUCAAAAGGCUGGUGACUGGAUGGGUGCAUUAGACAUGGCAAUGAGACUUUAUGAUGGCCAUGCACUCGGAGUAAUAGAUCUCCCUAGAACAGUCAAUGCUAUCCGGGAGGCCAUAAUGCCUUACCUAGUUGAAUUGAUCUUGUUGUAUGUUGAUGAAGUGUUCUCUUAUAUUUCCAUAGCCUUUUACAACCAAAUAGAUAAAGUUAGCUUAAAAGAAGACCCUAGCAUUACUGACAGUUCUGUGCGCUCGGAGAUAGCGGAGCAGUAUGCUCGUGUUGGCGGGGUCGCAGUAGAGUUUUGUGUUCACAUAAAAAGGACUAACCUUUUGUUUGAUGGAAUAUUCUCAAAAUUUGUUGCUGUUCAACAUGAAGGCACUUUUUUAGAGAUUUUAGAGCCAUAUAUAUUAAGGGAUAUGCUAGGAUGUUUGCCUCCUGAGAUCAUGCAAGCGUUGGUAGAGCAUUAUAGUAGCAAAGGGUGGUUAGAGCGAGUUGAACAGUGUGUUCUUCACAUGGACAUUUCUUCCUUGGAUUUUAAUCAGGUUGUGAGGUUAUGCCGGGAACAUGGAUUGUAUGGUGCACUGAUUUAUCUUUUCAAUAGAGGCCUAGAUGAUUUUAAGGCACCUCUUGAGGAGCUCUUGUUGGUUGUGCAGAAUAAUUCGAAUUUGGAUGAUGCUUCUAUCGGGUACAGAAUGCUUGUUUAUCUGAAGUAUUGCUUUCAAGGCCUUGCAUUUCCUCCAGGACAUGGUUAUCUUCCUCCCUCUAGAUUACCUUCAGUUAGAAAAGAAUUGCUGGAGUUCUUACUUGAAGAUUCUAAAAUUUCAACCUCACAAGUGUCAAAAAAGCUCAAAUCAUCUUGUGGAAAUUUAUCAAACCUCUUAUGUAUCCUUUCCUUGGAUACUGAAGCAGCUUUGGAUGUUCUUAAGUGUGCUUUCAACGAACCAGAGACUAUUAAUGAUCCAUCAGUGCUUGACCUAGCAGCUUCUCAUGAAAAUCUAGAAAAUCAGCAUGAACUCAAGUAUUCAAAAACCCAAGAUGCAGUGGUGCAAAGUAUUGCAAAUGCACUAAUAUCUAUUCUUGACUUGGAAUCUGACUUGGUCUCGUUCUUUGAGAUGGAUGACAAUUCAGAUGCUUGGCCUUUGAAAAAAGAUAUUCAUUUUAUACUAGAAUUCAUAGGGUAUCUUGUUGCAACUAAAAAUGCCAAAAUUUCUACAAGAGUUUUGAUGCAUAUUCUUGAAUAUUUGACAUCAUCAAGUUUAACACUACUUGAUUACAGUGAAAAAAAUAAUGCUCUUCUAAAGGAGAGGCAAGCGCUUUCUGUUUUGAAGGCAGUGCCUCAGGAAAUUUGGAAUUCUUCUUUUGUUUUGCCUCUCUGCGUGGAGGCUAAAUUCUUUCAGGCAUGUGGCUUGAUUCAUUACAUCAGAGGCGAGUAUGUUGCUGCCUUAGAUAGCUAUAUGCAGGAUUUGGAUGAGCCUAUUCAUGCAUUUUCUUUUAUAAACAAGUUGUUUUUGCAACUAGACAAUGCGGAGGCUUUAUUAUUUCAAUCAGCAGUUAUUUCACGGAUUCCUGAGCUGGUUAAACUUAGCAGGGAAUGCACAUUUUUCUUGGUUAUUGACCAACUUGAUAGUGAGAAGCAGCAUAUUCUUUCACAGCUUCAUUCUCAUCCACUUAGCCUUUUCCUUUUCUUGAAGACUGUAAUUGAUUUUCACAUAUCUGGCACUCUCAACUUUCCUGUGCCUGAAACUAUUAUAUCAAAUAAUCCUAAUGUUAGAACGAGGGAUUCAUCUAUUGAAAUUGCAGAUUACGUGGAGAAACUCUCAAAUUUUCCAAAGCUUUUGCAUCACGAUGCAAUUCAAGUAACUGAUGAGAUGGCAGAGCAGUAUUUAGAGCUUUUGUGCCAGUUUGAACGUGGUUCUGUCCUAAAGUUUUUGGAGACUUUUGAUAAUUAUAGACUGGAGCACUGUUUGAAACUCUGUCAAGAGUAUGGUGUUACAGAUGCAGCUGCUUUUUUGCUCGAAAGAGUUGGUGAUGUUGGGAAUGCUUUGCUACUUAUAAUGUCUGGCUUUGAUGAAAAAAUUGAAUUGCUUGUUUCUGCGGUUAUCAAUAAAUUUUCUGACGUAAAUUCAAGAAAUAUCUCUCAGACAGAGCAACUUGUUGAUAUCUUGAAACUUAAAGAGGCUCUGGCUGUUCAUGAUGUUUUACGUGCCUCGGUUGGCUUAUGCCAAAGAAACACUCAUCGUUUGGAUCAACAAGAGUCCGAGUCUCUUUGGUUUCGGUUAUUUGACUCGUUCUCUGAGCCACUAAGGAGAUUCUGCAGUGUCAAUGAAGCUCCUGAACGGAAAAAAGAUAACAACAAAAUGAUUGCUGGUUCUCAAAUAUUCGUGGGCAUUGAUGAAUCCUUGUCUGGACACAAGCCUUCAGAGUUUAAGAAAUGUGGUAAUAUUUUGAGGAGACUAUUUUCUCAAUUUAUUGGAGAAAUCAUGGAGGGAAUGGCAGGAUAUUUACCCGUCCCUGCAGUUAUAUCCAAGCUCCUUUCAGAAAAUAGAAAUCAAGAGUUUGGUGAUUUUAAAAUGACUAUUCUAAAAAUGCUGGGAACUUACAAUUAUGAGAGAAGAAUACUGGAUACAGCCAAAUCAUUAAUAGAAGAUGACACGUUCUACACCAUGGGUGUUCUAAAGAAGGGUGCUUCGCACGCUUUUGCACCGCAAAAUUUAAACUGCUGUUUCUGUGGUUUACCCCUUACCAAGGGGUCAUCUUCAUCAGGUAUUCGAGUAUUUAACUGUGGACAUGCGAUCCAUCUCCACUGUGAAUCUGGAGAAAAUGAACCCCAUAAAAUGCAUUCUGCUGUUGCCUGCCCGGUCUGUCAGCUUAGGAAGAAUCCAAGGGCAAGAAGCAGAUCAGCUACCAAUGAUAAUGGAUUAGUUAGUAAUUAUAUCUCUACCUCACAGCACUCGCGAGGAAACUCUAGCCUGCAACAUCUGCAUGAAACUGAUUUGAUAGAUAAGUCCUAUGGCCUCCAGCAAAUUUCUAGGUUUGACAUCUUGAAUAAUCUCCAGAAAAACAAGUCUCUCCAUAUUGAUAUUUUACCUCAGUUGAGGCUCGCGCCUCCAGCUAUUUACCAUGAAAAAAUCCAGAAAGGGCCUGUUUCUUUGACAAGGGAGAUGCUUAAUACAGCACCAAAGGAAAAAUCACAUAAAUCGAAGGGUUCACUAAGCCGAUUUCCUUUAAAAUCAAGCAUCUUUGGAACUGAAAAAAGUAAAGUUCAUUAAUCCUUAUCCAGCAGAUAAAGAAGGGAUAAAUUUGCUUUGUGGUCAUUUUGGUUUUGUUUGGGACGGUUUUCUUUUUGCUUUUUAAAGCAGCUUUUUAGUAUCAAAAAUUUUAAUUUUGUAUUAGUAAUUUGCUUUAAGAAGCAGAAAGAAAGUCAUCUCAAACGAAGCCUUUGCUUCUGGUGUUGGCAGGUACGUUUGACCGCUAUUUACUCGAGGUCCUUAGCAUACCUUGAUAUAAGGCUUGUUUAUUAUCAUUUUUUUUAAACCGCAAGUUUAGUAAAACCUAAAGAAAUAUAAUCCAACCUUAAUAAACUUAAUGAUUCAUGGUGGUAUAAGUGGAUGUAGAGCCGGAGUUAACAGUGGUUGUAAAUUUUGCUUUGUAUUUAGAGUUGUAAAUUGUAUAAAUGUACACUAGCGGGAUGUACUAGGAAUAACUUAAUUGUUCACUCUUCAUUCAUUCAUAGCAAAAGGUUGCAGUCCGCGGUUCAAAUUUUGUAAUGGAUACAUUGUACUUGAAAUCCGAUGGUGUUUUUCGUAGCUGUCCAAGAGGUUGGUUCACUUUUGGGCAUGCUACGUUUGUUUUGCUCUUCUUUUUCGAACACAUUUGGCACAGCGUCAGAACCUUGUGCCUGUACAGUAUAGUUAAACCCAAGUGCGUUAUUGUCCUUCAUUGCAUAA